GUGAUGAAUAUGCUGGUGGAGACAGUUCUUCUGUCCAAGAGCACUUGAAGAGCGUGCAUCAAAUUGCCGCCACCGAACGAGCAUUUGCUGUCAUACUGAGGGACGGAUCCGUCGUGACAUGGGGAGAUUCUGAUUCAGGAGGUGACAGCGAUGCUGUUCGAGAUCAGUUGAAAGAUGUUCGGCAGAUCAAGUCAAGCCUCAAUGCCUUUGCUGCAAUCUUGGGCGACGGGUCUGUCAUAUCCUGGGGCUGUGGCGAUGAAGGUGGCGACUGCA